UUCUGACCCCUUUUUCUCUCUCUUAAAACGACUUCGGACCCCCGAAGAGCACACAGACGAGGAUCCACCUCCAUGGAACCUCCACCGCCGCCUUCCGCCGCCGCCGUGCCCGUGCUCCCAGCGGCGGCGCAUGCCAAUUGUCAUGAAUCUAUCGAUUCCUCGCCGCGAUCCCGACACACCGAAUCCUCGGAGGAGAAUCAUGCGCCGCAGAUCCCUAGCGGCGGCGGCAAGUUGCGACUCAUGUGUAGCUAUGGAGGUCAUAUAAUGCCCCGUCCACACGAUAAAUCUCUCCGAUACGUAGGCGGAGAGACGCGGAUGGUCGUCGCUGAUCGUAACUCAUCUCUUUCCGAACUCACCAACCGCCUCUCCAAAACCCUCCUUUCUGGAAAAUCCUUUACUCUCAAGUACCAACUCCCAAAUGAAGACCUUGAUUCACUCAUAUCUGUUACCACCGAUGAAGAUUUAGAGAAUAUGAUCGAGGAGUAUGAGCGAAUUUCCGCCUCCUCUGCCGGUUCGCUCUCCCAAAAAUCCUCUCGUCUCCGUCUUUUUCUCUUUCCAUCCAAACCGGAUUCUUCUUCCUCAUUUGGCUCUCUCCUCGAGAAUUCCGUCAAAUCGGAGGGUUGGUUUCUCGAUGCCCUUAACGGUACUACCAGACCCUUCUCGGAGUCUGCAUCGGUUGACUGUCUGCUGGGUCUCGAUGAAGAUAUCGCCGCAAUCGCCGGCAAUAAUGACUGUUCCUCCGCUAAAGAAGCCGAGUCGCAGCUGAAGGGAGUCGGCGGGAAUAGCAGCAAGCUCGGCGCUCAGGAUAUUCAAUCGGUACCCGAUUCGCCGAUGCUUGAGACAACCUCGUCGUUUGGAUCGGCUUCCUCGUCACCUUUGCUGGCUAAUCUGCCCCCAAUUCGUAUUCGUCCGGAGGAACAUAAACCGCAGGUGAGUGGAAUUGAGGACCAGUUCUUGCAGAUGAAUGUUGCUGGGGCUCCUCCUAUGCAGAAGCAAGAGGAUGGGGGUAGUAGUAACUUUAUGAUUCCUUCUUCGACGACGCCUACUGUACUGACGACCCCUGCCGUGAUAGCAUUGGCUCCGUCGCCUUCUGCCCCGUUGGCAACUUUUGGGGCUUCGGGUGAUUACUUAAAUAGGGUUUUCUCCGAUGAUGAGAGAUCUGAUCAGGGAGCCCGUAAGCCAUCGCAAUUGCAGUCUCAGCCGCCUCCGCCAUCAUUUGUACAGCCAAAACCUACUUCCUCUGGUGUUGAUUUGGCUUCUCCAGAUUCAGUUUCAAGUGAGAAUAGUUCAACCAAUCCAUUGUCUCGCCAAAGAACCAUGCUCUACCAAGAUCCUGGUGUUCAAUUUCAAAACUCUUCUUUGAACAACAGGGUUCCUGUUAAUCAUGUUGAUCAAACACUGUCCGAUCUGAAUUCUACAUAUUUACUGCCUACACAAUUCGAUCAUCAGCAGCAGCAGCAACAUCAGCAAAUAAAUCUACAGCAGCAACAACAACAACCUUCACAGCAGUUCAUUCAGGCUGGGACACAUUACAUUCACCAGCAACCAAUAUCUCCUUAUUAUUCAUUAUACCCUACCCAGCACCAAGCACUCCAUCAUCCUCACCAAGUUAUUUACGUUCAAGCUAGACCACCACCAGCCUACAACAUGCCAGUUCACCCAUCAAACUACAGUGAUGGUUCUGCUUCUGCUGCUGCUGCGACUGGUACUGUCCCUUCAAGUCAAGCCAUGAUUGCCGGUAAACAGGAAAUGGCUUCGGCCAUGUAUAGGACUGGUGCAGCAGGAGCAGGAGGAGGAUCAGGACCUCAGCAGUUGGUUCAAGUGGGUUCUAGUCAACAUCAACCACAAUACAUUGGAUACUCUCAGAUUCAUCAUCCUUCUCAUUCCAUGACUGCUGCAGCACCUACUUCUGGUGCAAAUAAUAAUGGGAAUUAUGGAUAUGAAUAUGUUGAACACCACCCGACACACGGGCAGAUAUUUUACACCACCCAGCAGUUGCCCCCGCAACAAAUGAUGACUGGUCAGUAUCAAAACAUCAUCUCAUCAGCUCCUCCUCCCAUGGCUACUGCUAUGUCAGAAGCUGCUGGUGGUUCCUCUCAGCUCCCAGGAGAAAGCAUGAAGCAGCAGAUGAGGACUUCACAACCAUUGUAGGUGAGAAGAAACAAUUUUGCAGGUUGGUUGUGGCUAUACAGAGGAGGAGGGUACUUACUCUAGUGUCUUUAUUGAUAUUAUUAUUUGAUAUUCAUAUUAUUAUUAAUAUUGGUUUGUGGUUGUGUUUAUGAUAAGGAUUCUUCAAAACAAAAUUCUUGAUACAUUUUAUGAUGAUGUUGAUAUAUUAUGUUUGAUUCA